CACUGGACGGUGGACCAGCCGAUGACUCUCGGCCAGGCUUGAUCAAGUAUUGUUUGAAAAGACCCAUCCGGAUAGAACUAGGUAGGACACCCCCGGGGCAGUCAAAUUAUUUUUCGCAGUCCUUGCUCGACCCUCUACUGGCAAGCCUCGUCCUUUACUCCGGGUUCUUCCCCGCAGGUAUCUUGGAUAAAGCUUUGCCAUUGCAAUCCCUUUCUUUUCAAUUGUUGUUAUAAAUUCUGCCUGACACUUACUUGUAACAGAGUCUCUCGAUACAUUCUCUUCGAUAAUCACCUCGCCAUUCCCUUGGCUUCCAAUUGUGCUAUCCCAGACCAACACAUAGAGAUAGAAACGAAUCCACGAGAUGUACGGUACAUCCACUGGCCCUCAGACGGGCAUUAAUACCCCUCGCUCGUCACAGUCGUUGAGACCCCUUAUUCUCACACAUGGGUCGCUCGAAUUCUCCUUCCUUGUGCCGACCUCUCUCCAUUUCCAUGCGUCGCAAUUGAAGGAUAACUUCACAGCCUCGUUACCACAGCCGACGGACGAGCUCGCUCAGGACGAUGAGCCUUCUUCGGUCCCUGAGCUUGUGGCUAGAUAUAUCGGGCAUGUUGCACAUGAAGUCGAAGAAGGCGAGGAUGAUGCGCAUGGGACGUACUUAGAGGUUCUAAAGCUGGCUCUCAACGAAUUUGAACGCGCCUUUAUGAGAGGCAAUGAUGUUCAUGCUGUUGCUGCCAGCCUUCCUGGCAUCGCUGCCAAGAAGGUUAUGGUUGUAAAGGCUUAUUAUGCCGGGAGAACAGCAGUCGGCCGACCCCUUAAACCGUAUGACUCAGCGUUGUUUCGAGAUGCCUCAGAUGAAAAGGCGAGCAUCUAUUCAGUCUUCGGAGGGCAAGGAAACAUCGAGGAAUACUUUGACGAACUGAGAGAAAUUUACACCACUUACCCUUCUUUCGUGGAUGAGCUUAUUACCUCAUCCGCUGAAUUGCUACAGGCUCUGUCUCAUGAGCCCGAAGCCAACAAGCUCUAUCCAAAAGGCUUGGAUAUCAUUCAAUGGCUUCAGGAUCGCGACUCCCAGCCCGACACCGACUACCUUGUGUCGGCUCCGGUGAGCCUACCUUUGAUCGGCUUGGUUCAGUUGGCGCACUUCGUCGUCACCUGUAAGGUCCUGGGCAAAACACCUGGUGAGGUUCUGGAAAGGUUGAGUGGAACUACUGGCCAUUCUCAAGGUGUUAUAACGGCUGCGGCAAUCGCCUCUGCAACAUCUUGGGAGAGCUUCGAGAAGGCCGCCAAGAAUGCAUUGACUAUGCUUUUCUGGAUUGGUCUCCGUAGUCAGCAAGCCUAUCCUCGCACAUCCAUCGCCCCCUCUGUCCUCCAAGAUUCGAUCGAGAACGGAGAAGGUACACCUACGCCUAUGUUAUCUAUUCGAGACCUUCCAAGAGCUGCGGUUCAGGAACACAUUGACACGACGAACCAACAUCUACCCGAAGACCGCCACAUCUCCAUAUCGCUAGUCAAUAGUGCUCGCAAUUUCGUUGUCACUGGACCGCCUCUUUCUCUUUACGGUCUCAACUUGCGCUUGCGCAAAGUGAAAGCUCCGACUGGCUUGGAUCAAAAUCGGGUGCCGUUUACUCAGCGUAAGGUUCGCUUUGUGAAUCGUUUCCUUCCUAUCACUGCUCCAUUUCACAGCCAGUACUUGUACCCAGCCUAUGACCGAAUCUUGGAGGAUUUGGAGGACAUCGAGAUACCCGCUGGAUCCCUUGCCAUUCCCGUUUAUGAUACAAAAACUGGCGGUGACCUGAGCAAAUCUGGGGAGCCUAAUGUCGUUCCAUCACUGGUUCGCAUGAUUACUCAUGACACCGUUAAUUGGGAACAGGCGACUGUUUUCGCCGGUGCAACGCAUGUUGUCGACUUUGGUCCCGGUGGGAUCUCCGGUCUUGGUGUACUUACCAACCGCAACAAGGAUGGUACCGGUGUCCGUGUAGUCCUCGCUGGGGCUAUGGAUGGUACCAAUGCCGAAGUUGGAUAUAAGCCUGAGCUGUUCGAUCGUGACGAACACUCCGUCAAGUAUGCCAUCGAUUGGGUCAAGGAAUAUGGACCGCGUCUAGUCAAGAAUGCCGUUGGACAAACCUUUGUUGAUACCAAGAUGAGCCGCUUGCUAGGUAUUCCUCCUAUCAUGGUCGCUGGAAUGACACCGACGACAGUCCCAUGGGACUUCAUUGCUGCGACAAUGAAUGCAGGCUACCAUAUUGAACUUGCCGGUGGCGGGUAUUACAAUGCCAAGUCUAUGACAGAGGCCAUCAACAAGAUUGAAAAAGCCAUUCCACCUGGCCGCGGCAUCACAAUCAACCUGAUUUACGUCAAUCCUCGCGCCAUGGCUUGGCAAAUUCCCCUGAUAGGCAGACUGAGGGCCGACGGCGUGCCAAUUGAAGGUCUGACCAUCGGUGCCGGUGUGCCAUCUAUUGAGGUGGCCAACGAGUACAUUGAAACACUCGGUAUAAAGCACAUUGCCUUCAAGCCGGGUUCCGUUGAUGCUAUUCAGCAAGUCAUCAACAUUGCAAAGGCUAACCCCAAGUUUCCUGUCAUUCUGCAAUGGACUGGAGGACGUGGUGGAGGACACCACUCUUUUGAAGACUUCCACCAGCCGAUCCUGCAAAUGUACAGUCGCAUCAGACGCUGUGAUAACAUUGUGCUUGUCGCUGGCAGUGGUUUUGGCGGUUCUGAAGAUACAUAUCCUUACCUAUCGGGCGCGUGGUCUUCAAGCUUCGGUUACCCGCCGAUGCCUUUUGACGGGUGCUUGUUUGGUAGUCGCAUGAUGAUAUCUAAGGAAGCGCAUACCUCCAAGAACGCCAAGAAGGCCAUUGCCGAUGCUCCUGGUCUUGACGACAAAGAUUGGGAAAAAACAUACAAGGGCUCCGCAGGUGGUGUUGUCACCGUGCUUUCCGAGAUGGGCGAGCCUAUCCACAAGUUGGCUACUAGAGGCGUCCUGUUUUGGCACGAGAUGGAUCAAAAAAUCUUCAAGCUUGACAAAGCAAAGCGCGUCCCUGAGCUCAAGAAGCUUCGGAACUACAUCAUCCAGAAGCUCAAUGAUGACUUUCAUAAAGUUUGGUUCGGUCGCAAUGCUUCUGGAGAGACGGCCGACCUGGAGGAUAUGACUUAUACAGAAGUGGUACACCGCAUGGUGGACCUCAUGUAUGUCAAACAUGAGGGUAGAUGGAUCGAUGAUUCCCUCAAGAAAUUGACCGGUGAUUUCAUCCGUCGAGUUGAAGAAAGAUUCACCACUACCGAAGGUCAAGCGUCUCUACUGCAAAAUUACUCGGAGCUUAACACGCCGUACCCGGCCAUUGACAACAUCUUGGCUUCCUACCCGGAAGCUGCUACUCAGUUGAUCAAUGCUCAAGAUGUACAGCACUUUCUGUUGCUCUGCCAGCGGCGUGGUCAGAAGCCGGUUCCAUUUGUCCCCUCGCUGGAUGAAAACUUUGAAUACUGGUUCAAAAAGGACUCCCUUUGGCAGAGCGAAGACCUUGAGGCGGUUGUGGGCCAGGACGUUGGUAGGACAUGUAUCCUGCAAGGCCCGAUGGCUGCAAAGUUUUCGAAUGUCAUCGAUGAGCCUAUCGCGGAUAUCCUGAACGGCAUACAUAACGGUCACAUUGAAAGCUUGGUCAGGGAUGUCUAUGGCGGCGAGGAUGGCGGAAUACCUGUCAUCGAAUACUUUGGGGGACGCUUCCAUCAGGUUGACGAUGAUUCGGAUAUUGACGGCCUUACGAUUUCGGAAGACACUAACAAGGUCAGCUACCGCUUGUCAUCAUCUCCUUCGGCUGACCUGCCUGACUUGGACCGUUGGCUACGUCUUCUUGCCGGGCCAUCGUAUUCGUGGAGGCACGCCAUGUUUUUGGCAGAUGUAUUCGUUCAAGGCCAUCGUUUCCAGACUAACCCCAUGAAACGGAUUGUUGCUCCCGUUCCGGGUAUGUAUGUGGAAAUUUCAUUCCCGGGAGAUCCUUCCAAGACAGCUAUCAUCGUGAGGGAACCCUAUCAGUCUGGCAAACUUGUCAAGACGGUUGAGGUGAAGAUGAACAACCAGAGUCAGAUCAGUCUCACUAUGUAUGAAGGAAGAACGGCGGAGGCUGCUGUUGUGCCUCUGACUUUCUUGUUCACAUACCAUCCUGAUGCAGGCUAUGCACCAAUUCGGGAGGUCAUGGACAGCCGCAAUGAUCGUAUCAAGGAGUUUUACUACCGUGUGUGGUUUGGAAACAAGGACGUUCCUUUCGAUACUCCUACCACCGCAACCUUCAGCGGCGGACGUACCACUGUUACAUCCCAAGCUGUUGCCGACUUCGUCCAUGCUGUCGGCAACACUGGCGAAGCUUUUGUCGACCGUCCCGGUAAAGAGGUCUUUGCUCCCAUGGACUUCGCCAUCGUUGCAGGUUGGCAGGCAAUCACCAAACCCAUCUUCCCACGCACUAUUGAUGGUGACCUGCUGAAGCUGGUUCAUCUAUCAAACGGUUUCAAGAUGGUUCCUGGAGCACAGCCCCUCAAGGUCGGCGAUGUUUUGGACACCACCGCUCAAAUCAACUCGGUUAUUAACCAGGAGUCUGGAAAGAUGGUUGAGGUAUGCGGUACAAUUGAAAGAGAUGGUCAACCCAUCAUGCAUGUCACCAGUCAAUUCCUGUACCGUGGAGCAUACCUGGAUUUCCAGAAUACCUUCCAGCGCAAGGAUGAAGUGCCUAUGCAGGUCCACCUUGCUUCUAGCCGAGACGUUGCCAUCCUGCGCUCGAAAGAAUGGUUCCGCAUGGGUGAGCCCGAGGUCGAGCUAUUGGGUCAGACUUUGACUUUCCGUCUCCAGAGCUUGAUCCGGUUCAAGAAUAAGACUGUGUUCAGCAAUGUGCAGACAAUUGGCCAAGUACUCUUGGAAUUACCCACCAAGGAGAUCAUCCAAGUGGCCUCUGUGGACUAUGAAGCUGGUACUUCUCAUGGAAACCCAGUGAUCGACUACCUACAGCGGAAUGGAACAUCUAUCGAGCAGCCGGUCUAUUUUGAGAACCCCAUCCCUCUUAGCGGCAAGACUGCAUUGGAAUUGCGCGCUCCUGCGUCGAAUGAGACCUACGCUCGCGUUUCGGGCGAUUAUAACCCAAUACACGUAUCUCGCGUCUUCUCAAGCUACGCCAACCUACCAGGUACCAUCACUCAUGGGAUGUACACGAGCGCUGCGGUCCGCAGCUACGUGGAAACCUGGGCAGCCGAAAACAAUAUUGGCCGCGUCCGAGGCUUUCAUGUGUCCUUGGUUGGCAUGGUCCUUCCCAAUGAUGUCAUUACUGUCAAGUUGCAGCAUGUUGGUAUGAUUGCUGGUCGUAAGAUUAUCAAGGUCGAGGCCAUCAACAAAGAUACCGAAGAUAAAGUUCUUCUGGGUGAAGCCGAGGUUGAACAACCUGUCACGUCAUAUGUCUUUACCGGCCAGGGAUCUCAGGAGCAGGGAAUGGGCAUGGAACUCUAUGCGAGCAGCCCAGUUGCUAGGGAAGUUUGGGAUCGGGCAGACCGCCAUUUCAUUGAAAAUUACGGCCUCUCGAUCAUUGACAUUGUGAAGAACAACCCCAAGGAGCUGACUGUUUAUUUCGGCGGUCCACGUGGCAAAGCUAUCCGCCAAAAUUAUAUGUCGAUGACCUUUGAAACUGUCAAUGCAGAUGGAACCAUUAAGUCAGAGAAAAUAUUCAAAGAGAUUGAUGAGAACACGGCAUCUUAUACAUACCGUUCGCCAUCUGGGCUUCUCUCUGCGACCCAGUUCACACAGCCGGCUCUAACAUUGAUGGAGAAGGCAAGCUUUGAAGACAUGCGUUCUAAGGGUCUCGUCCAGAGAGACAGCAGCUUUGCGGGUCAUUCACUGGGCGAGUAUUCAGCACUUGCAGCACUUGCCGAUGUCAUGCCUAUCGAAAGCUUGGUUUCCGUUGUUUUCUAUCGUGGCUUGACAAUGCAGGUUGCUGUGGAGCGAGACGAACAGGGUCGUUCGAACUACUCUAUGUGCGCCGUCAACCCAAGCCGUAUCUCGAAGACCUUCAAUGAACAAGCCCUGCAGUAUGUGGUUGAGGUCAUCUCUGAGCAGACGGGCUGGCUCCUGGAGAUUGUCAACUAUAACGUUGCCAACAUGCAAUAUGUUGCCGCCGGUGAUCUCCGGGCACUUGAUUGCCUUACCAAUUUGCUCAACUAUCUCAAAGCUCAGAACAUUGACAUCCCUGCUCUCAUGCAAAGUAUGUCUUUGGACGAUGUCAAAGCACACCUCGUGAAAAUCAUCCAGGAGUGCGUCAAACAGACAGAGUCUAAACCUAAGCCAAUUUCUCUCGAACGUGGCUUCGCUACCAUCCCUCUCAGAGGAAUCGAUGUGCCUUUCCACAGCACUUUCCUUCGUUCUGGUGUCAAGCCCUUCCGCUCUUUCUUGCUGAAGAAGAUCAACAAGACUACCAUUGAUCCCAGUAAACUGGUCGGCAAAUACAUUCCGAACGUCACGGCUCGCCCGUUCGAAAUUACGAAGGAGUACUUCGAGGAUGUUUACAGACUCACCAACUCCCCUAGAAUUGCGCACAUUCUAGCAAACUGGGAAAAGUAUGAGGAAGGUGGUGAAGGCUCACGCACCACUGGGGUUACUGGUGUCUAGAGCUAAAUUGUUCAAGUACAUAAGGUGGCUCUGUCAUCUGUUGUUUUGUUGUUGUUGUUGAUUUGAAUUUGAUCUACCUUGUUCUAGCGCUGGUGUUUAGAACCCUUCAAUAUUACUAUUCAACAGGUCAAGCUUGUGGCGACUUUUGCAGAAGUGCAGCCAUCAAUUAGACUAUCAGCAUCAGUAGAGGGAGC